AUGUUCAAAGCAUCUCUCUAUCGCCAUGCAUCCCGUGGCGUGAAUAUUCCCCUCCCUCGAGCAUCCUGUCCAUCGCCGGCCCACCUCACGCCCACUGCACGCUCCUUCAUCUCGUCAACGCCCGCCCUCCACAGCAUAUCCACGAAAUUCCCUUCCGAUGAGGAUCCUCUGAAGUCAGCCAGUACGGCCGCCGACCCCGGCGAGACCUCGGGCAACCAUGAGGGUCGCUACGCUCGAAUAGACGAAAGUGUUCGCGUUGAGUAUCCUCCAGAUGAAGAGAUGCCUCCGACGCCUGUUGUCCAGGGCCGUGGGGGACGGCAUUUCAAGCGAACGCUGGCGUCGUUCUCCCUCGAAGACCGGGUCUCGGUGAUCACGGGCGGCGCGAGAGGGCUGGGGUUGGUGAUGGGGCAGGCAUUGGUGGCAUCAGGCUCGGAUCUAGCAAUUGUGGACUUGAAUGUCCAAGAAGCCCAAGAUCAGGCUAAGAAUAUGCUCGAGCAAUUCCAAGCCGAAAACCCCGGGCUCAGCGAGAAAUCGCUCCCCAAGAUCACGGCCCACCAAGCCGAUGUCGGCAACCCCGAGUCCGUCGACAACAGCGUCGCAGAAAUUCUGGAGGAGCACGGCCGCAUUGAUCACCUAGUCACGUCCGCCGGCUUCACCGAGAACUUCGACGCCGUAUCCUAUCCGCACGACCGGAUGCAAAAGCUGUGGUCGGUCAAUGUUGACGGGUCAUAUCUUUACGCAGUGGCGGUCGCCAAACACCUCAUGUCUCGCAAAUCUCCGGGCAGCAUCGUGAUGAUUGGCAGUAUGUCCGGUGCCAUUGUCAAUGUGCCCCAGCCCCAGGCGCCAUACAACGCCGCAAAGGCGGCAAUCAGGCACUUGGCUGCUUCGCUGGCGGUUGAAUGGGCAAGCGUGGGGAUCAGGGUGAAUUGUAUUAGCCCUGGAUACAUGCUGACUGCUUUGACCCGCAAGAUUCUCGACGACAACUCCGAUCUCAAACAGAAGUGGACGUCAUUGAUACCUCAAGGGAAAAUGGGCAAGCCCGAGGACCUCAUGGGUGCGGUGACAUUUUUGUUGAGCGAUGCGAGCAAGUAUGUCACGGGCGCCGACAUGCGAGUUGAUGGAGGAUAUACCUUGACAUAG